AGAAAUAGGUAGUAGUAAGCGUCUGAAAUAAAUGUUUUUAAGUUUAAUUUAAAAAUAAAUAUUGUAUCGUGCACUAAAUAAAAUGUUUAAAUUUUACAGAGUGAAAGAACUUAGACCCAACAUAAACAGCGUUCAACAUCGCUUGCCUCAGAUUUAUAAAAAUUAUCUUCAAUCAUUAAAGCUUCCUCCUGCUCCUCUGCAUUACAUACCUCAUCCUAAAGAAUAUGUUUUAAAUCCCGGCACAAAACAAAAAAUGCGUGUUGAAACCCGGCCGAUUCCUCUUAAAUUCCCUAAAGAAGCUGAUGAAGGAAUAUGGGGUGGCGAAGGUGUGAUUCAGGGUUUCGUCAAAAAUAAAUGGAGGCGUAGAAAGAUGAUAAACUUUUGGAUUUCAAAUUUGAAAAAAGCUGUUGUUUAUAGUGAAAUAUUAAAUCAAUAUAUGUCAGUAACAUUGACAGAAAGGACAUUGCGAUUAAUUGAUGAGAACUCUAGCUUUGAUCAUUAUAUUUUGAGUACUCCUGUCCAAGACUUAAAAUCACAGCUUGCUUUAUCUAUAAGAAGAAAAAUGUACUUUGCCUUAUUAAACAGAGAUAAAAAUCAUCCUGAUGAUAAAACUAAUGAAGAAAUUAUUGAAAAGUACAAAAAAUAUAUAAUACCAAAAGAGGAAGCUGAGUGGUUUGGUUUAACCAUGAGAGAAGCAGUUCAAAAACAAAGACUUCUUGAAGAGGAGCAGCAGCCAGUGCCUUUGAAACAUGCCCUCCGUCUCAAGUUAAUAGAAGAAUUAAAACAAAAAUCUGAAAAGGGUGAAGUAGAUGAAGAAGAAGAGGUGGAACAGUCAAGUUAUAAAUCUUGGCUGAGGAAGCUAAAUCCUUUUACUAAAAAAGAAAAGGAAGAGCAACCAGUUAAUUGACUUUAUUUUAUUUGUACAUAGUUUUAAAAAUAAAGAUUAGAUUUUUUUCACAUGAAAA